CACUUCCUCUCACCCCACUCUGCUGUUUAAUUUCCAAUUCCUCAAUCUACAUAACCUUCUACACAAAUACACCAGUCAAUCAUAAUGGCUCCUCUACAAGUUGGCGACAAGCUCCCCGAGGGCGUCAAGUUCGAAUGGGCACCCAUCACCGACAGCGACCCUACCGUCUGCGGUCGUCCCCAAGAAUACGAUGCCAGCAAGGAAUGGGCGGACAAGAAGGUCGUCCUCUUCUCCGUUCCCGGCGCUUUCACCCCAGGCUGCCAAGCAUACCAUCUCCCUCCAUACAUUGCAAAGGCCAAGGAGUUCAAAGAGAAGGGCGUUGACAUCAUUGCUACCAUUGCAAGCAACGACAGCUGGGUCAUGAACGCCUGGGGCAAGGUCAAUGGCGUCAAGAACGACGAUGUUCUUUUCCUUAGCGACACCAAGACCUUUUUCUCCAAGGAGUACGGUUGGCCUGCGGGUAUGGGCGACCGCAACGGUCGCUGGGCUAUGGUCUUCGAUCACGGCAAGGUCAUCUACGCCGAGAACGAGAAGAGCCCCGGCGAGGUUUCGGUUUCUAGUGCCGAUGCCGUUCUGGCCAAGUUGUAAGCGCUACAAGCUCAGUGUUCGAGAGGCUUUUGCACAUGUCAAUAGAUCUAGCUAGCACCUUGUAGACGAAAUACCCAAACAAGAAUAAUGACAGUGUACAAACGCAACCUAAAUGUGAUGUUGUCCUGCCACGUCAGUCGCCCACUUUUAUCCAUGUAGCGUUUAUAGUUAUGUUCGAACGA